CAACAAGACGUAGGGACAGCGCCAAGGAACCAGAUGGGCCGCGCGUUCUGUUACGUGAUACUAGGCGGAGGCGUGGCCGCGGGCUACGCGGCGCUCCAGUUCAUCCGCCUCGGCUGCGAAACCGCCGCCCAAGCCGGAGAGUUCUGCAUCAUCUCCGACGAGGCCGUUCCACCUUAUGAACGUCCUACGCUGAGCAAAGGCUAUUUGUUCCCAGAAGGUGGUGCUCGCCUCCCAGCGUUUCAUACUUGUGUUGGUGCCAACGAUCAGUUACUUGAUGCAGAUUGGUACAGGGAAUAUGGUAUCGAGCUUAUUCUCGGAACGAAGGUGAUUUCCGUCGAUGUGCGCCGGAAAACACUGGAUACUUCCGCCGGGGAAACCAUCAGCUAUGAAAGGCUUAUUGUUGCGACGGGUGCUCGGGCCGUGAAGCUGGAAGAGAUCGGAGUGAACGGCGGCUCAGAUGCCGAGAACGUCUGUUAUCUGCGCGACAUCGCGGACGCGGAUAAGUUAGUCCGUGUGAUGAGAUCAUGUCCUGCUGGCGCCGACGCCGUGGUCGUCGGCGGCGGAUACAUAGGAAUGGAAUGUGCAGCCGCUCUGGUUGCCAACAGGAUGAAAGUCACUGUCGUCUUCCCCGGAAAACACUUGAUGGCAAAUCUGUUCACACCGAAGAUCGCUGAGUUUUACGAGAACUACUACGAAUCGAAAGGAGUCACUUUUAUAAAAGGAACUGCGGUUUCAUCUCUGCAGAUCUCGUCUGGGAAGGUGACGGCAGCAAUCCUGCGAGACGGCAGGCGCCUACCUGCGGACAUGGUCGUGGUCGGCAUCGGCGCGCGCGCCAACACGGAGCUCUUCGAAGGCCAGCUGGCCAUGGAGAAGGGCGGCAUCAAGGUUGACGGACAGAUGCGGACGAGCGACGCAUCCGUGUACGCCGUGGGCGACGUGGCCGCGUUCCCCGUCAAGCUGCUGGGCGGCGAGGUCCGCCGGCUGGAGCACGUGGACUGCGCGCGCAUGACCGCGAGGCACGCCGUCGCGGGGGCUCUGGAGCCCUUGGGCCCGAUCACCGGGGAAAUCAACUACGUGCCCUUCUUCUACUCCAGGGUCUUCGCGCUGUCCUGGAGGUUCUACGGCGACAACGCCGGGGAGGCCGUGCACUUUGGGGACCUGGACUUCUCCGCUUCGCCUUCUCCUCCGUCCGCGCCCAAGUUCGGCGCGCUCUGGGUCCGCGCGGGCCGCGUCACCGGCGCGUUCCUGGAAGGUGGGAGCCCUGAGGAGUACGAGGCGCUCGCGCGCGCCGUGCGGCGCAGGACGACCGUCCCGGACGUGGCCGUGCUCCUCGCGCGGUGGGGCCUCGCGUUCAUUGUCCAGGACCAGGAGGGCCGGAGCGGAGCCACGCGGUCGGGUAGGCUUUGUGGCAGCGGCAACACGUCCAACUACGCAUGGGCAUGGCACGCCACGGUCGGCGUGGCCGCGGCCGUGUCCAUUGCGGCGUUCGCGUACUGGUAUGGAUGGAAGGCGCCGUACCUGGCGAAACGCCACUUCUGAACAAAGGCAGCAUGCUGCUCUCCGUCUCCGUCGACCAAGAACACAACUUGUCACACAACAACUGGACAUCACUCAGCAGAGUAAAUUUACUAUCUUUGUAUUUGGUAAUAAAGUGAAAAAAUAAAUUAAAAGAU